GAUGGGAGGUGUGUGUGGGCAGGUCGGGUGGGUGUUGUUGCUCUUCGUGUGCUCAUGUUCAUGGCGGAUCGCAGCUGCCCAAGCUCAGCAACCACCAACCACUGAUCCAACCGAAGGUACGCACCGCCUGAAGGCGAUCCUGGGGAGGUGGGGAAGGACGACGUCGCCGCUGUGGAACAUGACCGACGAGCCCUGCCGCGGCGUCGCCGUCGACGACAGCACCGCCCUCGACGGCAACCCCCAGAACAACCCCGGCAUCAAGUGCGACUGCUCCUACAGCAGCGGCACCGUCUGCCAUGUCACCCAGCUGAAGGUAUACGCGUUGAACGUUGUCGGUCAGAUACCAUCAGAAUUGCAGAACCUCACCUACCUAACUAACUUGGACCUGGAUCAAAAUUACUUGUCAGGUCCCAUACCAUCAUUCAUUGGGAAAUUGACUGCCUUGAAAGAAUUGCAUGUGGGAUUCAAUCCACUCUCAGGACCAAUUCCGAAGGAACUUGGGAAUCUCACGAACCUCGAGUUGCUAGGCAUUAGUUUGACCAAUUUGACUGGUGGACUUCCUGAAGAAUUGGGCAACUUGGCCAAACUUCGACGAUUGUUCACUGAUAGUGCUGGCUUGAGUGGCCCAUUCCCCUCUACAUUCUCAAAGCUUAAGAACCUGGUACUCCUGAGGGCAUCAGAUAAUAAUUUUACAGGAAAAAUACCUGAUUUUAUUGGGAGCUUGACUAAUUUGGAAGAUCUGGCUUUCCAGGGAAACUCUUUUGAAGGACCAAUCCCAGCAAGUUUGUCUAAUCUAACCAAAUUGAACACCUUAAAGAUCGGUGAUAUUAUAAAUGGGAGCAGUUCGUUGGCCUUUUUCAGUAAUCUUAAUCUUUCAUCGUUGGAUACCGUAAUAUUGAGGAACUGCAGAAUAUCUGAUAACCUUGGAGCAGUAGACUUUACUAAGCUUACUGGACUGAAGUUCAUGGACUUGAGUUUUAACAACAUCUCAGGCCAUGUUCCUCAAUCAAUUCUGAAUCUGCAAAAUCUUCGAUACCUGCUUCUUGGGAACAAUAGCCUAACAGGAGGACUACCAGAUGGGGGGAUAAGCUCUUCACUAACAAACAUAGACUUUUCAUACAACCAACUCACUGGAAGCUUUCCAUCUUGGGCUACCAAGGACAACUUGCAUUUGAAUUUGGUGGCAAACAACUUUGUUAUUGGGGACAACAACAACAGUAUUCUACCUCCAGGCUUAGACUGCCUCCAGCAAGACACUCCAUGUUCACGUGGUUCUCCAAAAUAUUAUUCCUUCGCAGUAGAUUGUGGUAGUAACAGAUCAAUCAGGGGCUUAGACAAUACUAUGUAUGAACUGGAUGCUACAAACCUUGGGGAUUCAUCAUAUUAUGUAACCAAUCCAACAAGAUGGGGUGUUAGCAAUGCAGGAAAAUGGUACCAGUCCCCAAAUGAUAGCAAGAUUAUACAUAGCAGUGAGAAGAUUCAGAAUGCUGUGGAUUCAGAACUGUUCCUAACUGCAAGGAUGUCACCAUCAUCUCUGAGAUACUAUGGUCUUGGACUUGAGAAUGGAAAUUACACUGUUCUACUUAAAUUUGCAGAGUUAGGUUAUCCAGACACGCCGACUUGGCAAAGCUUAGGGAGGAGAGUUUUUGACAUAUAUAUCCAGGGUGACCUAAAAGAAAAGGACUUCGAUAUAAGGAAGACAGCCGGUGGAAAAUCUUUCAUUGCUGUUUACAAGAAUUACACGACAACUGUGUCAAAAAACUUCCUUGAAAUCCAUCUAUUCUGGGCUGGAAAGGGCACCUGUUGCAUUCCUAUUCAGGGCUACUAUGGGCCAUUGAUAUCAGCAUUAAGCAUCAGUCCAAAUUUUACCCCUACUGUGCGAAAUGGUGUACCCAAAAGGAAAAGCAAAGCAGGUGCAAUUGUUGGGAUAGUGGUUGGUGCCUCAGUUUUAGUAUUAGCAGUCUUAUUUGGAAUAUUUAUGUUCAGAAAGAAGAGAAGGACACAGGCACAACAACAAGAAGAAUUGUACAACCUAGUUGGACGGCCUGAUGUCUUCAGUAAUGCUGAACUAAAGUUGGCUACAGACAAUUUCAGUUCUCAAAACAUUCUUGGGGAAGGUGGAUAUGGUCCAGUUUAUAAGGGUAAACUACCUGAUGGAAGAGUUAUAGCUGUAAAACAACUUUCACAAUCAUCCCACCAGGGGAAAAACCAGUUUGUGACAGAGGUUGCAACAAUUUCUUCUGUGCAACACCGGAACCUUGUGAGAUUGCAUGGUUGCUGCAUUGACAGUAACACACCUUUGUUAGUUUAUGAGUAUCUUGAAAAUGGAAGCCUGGAUCAAGCACUCUUCAGAGACAAUAGAUUAAACCUAAACUGGGGAACACGCUUUGAGAUCAUUCUAGGAAUUGCAAGAGGCCUAACUUAUCUUCACGAGGAGUCGAGUGUGCGCAUUGUGCAUAGGGACAUCAAAGCUAGCAAUGUUCUUCUUGACACUGACCUCACCCCAAAGAUCUCUGACUUCGGACUCGCCAAGCUCUACGACGAGAAAAAGACUCAUGUCAGCACAAGAAUUGCAGGCACAUUUGGCUAUCUGGCUCCUGAGUACGCAAUGAGAGGCCAUCUGACUGAAAAGGUUGAUGUUUUCGCAUUCGGGGUGGUCGCACUAGAGAUUGUCGCAGGUCGAUCAAACACAAACAAUUCCCUAGAGGAAAGCAAGAUCUAUCUCUUUGAGUGGUCUUGGGCCCUGUACGAGAAGCAGCAAGCACUAGGAAUCGUUGACCCAAGACUCGAGGAUCAGUUCGUCAGGGAUGAAGUGCUCAGGGUCAUCCAUGUCGCGCUCCUCUGCACGCAGGGCUCGCCGCACCAGCGGCCGCCGAUGUCGAAGGUCGUGGCGAUGCUCGCCGGAGACGUGGAGGCGGCAGAUCAGGCGGCGAUCACGAAGCCGACCUACAUCACGGAGUGGCAGUACAGGGGCGGGAACAGCAGCUACGUUACCAGCAGCUACUCGGGAUCUACUACCCCUGAGCUGAUGACCGUCGAUCAAAAGCAUGCAGAAAGAGAUUGAGAGCUCUCACUCCGCCGGUCGGUCGGUCGCCGGCGAUCACCGGAGCUAGUCACGACGGAAUUGAAGGUGAAUGCAGUAUCGUUUCUGCAGGUGAUCUCAUUCUGGAGUGGCAAUACUGAAGUGCUAGUCGUGAUUAAUUAUAUGUGACUGUAUAUGUAAAUGUGAGUCGGAUAAAAUAAUGGGACUUUAUUUAUUCUGGAGUAUGUGUCAUGAUGAUAAAAGUUUUACUCCUUGUAAUGUGUAAAUGUGGUAUGCUAGUAACUUUGAAAUUGAUAAAUUUAUUUCC